GCUCUCCACUGUCGCUAUCAUCGCCGCCGUUGCCGUUGUUGCCAGCGCCCACUCUACCCAAAAGAAUGAAUACAAGAUCACAUGCGCCGAGAAGCGUGAGCGUAACCCCGAUGCCCUAACUGGCCCCAUCCACAAGGACAAGGAGUGUUGCCAGUGGUCUGGAUAGUGUGGUGAUCUCAAGAAAUGCACACAGUCUUACUGCGAGAUGGACUCCAAGGCCUCUGAUGUGUACCACAACAGUUUCGACUUUCGAUUCUAAGCUGACUGACAAGAAAGUUUUGACUGACUGUCGAAUUUCAAUGUAAAAACAUCACAAUCUUACUUAGGAAGGACUCUAAAGCCACUGAUGUGUACCACCCUGUACACUUCCAAUUCUAAGUUGAAUGACAAGCAAGUAUUUGACUGACUUUUGUCGAAUCAAUUCGAAAAUAA